AGUGGCGAUUCGUUUCUUUAUCUCUUAAUAUUUCGUAAGUCUAUGUGCAAAAACAUAUUCGAAGAUGGCGUCGCUCAUUGACAACUACGAACAACAAUACGCUGUUUUGACAGCUGACAUCACUGCAAAAAUCGGGAGAAUAAGAGUUCAAAGCGGUAGUGAGAAAAGAGCAUUUAUUCAAGAUGUUGAUCGGGAAAUCGAAGAAGCUCAAGAAUUGCUUGAGCAAAUGGAACUGGAAGUUCGUGGGAUGAGUGGAAAUGCCCGUGACCGUUUACGUGGUCGUGUGGAAAGUCAUAGGGCGGAAUUAAAACGAUUAACACAAGAAUUUCAGUCAGCAAAAAGACCAAACGAGGAUGUUAUUGAUAUAGCUGCAGAAGAGUCAUGGGAAGGCAAUGUAACAGAAGAUCAGAAAAAAAGAUUAUUAGAUGCUUCUGACAGAAUAGAUAGAACUGGAAGAACAUUGCAGAAUGGUUAUCGCAUGGUACUAGAGACUGAAGAAAUUGGUUCGCAAGUUCUAAAAGAUUUACAUGAUCAAAGAGAAACGAUACAAAGAGGUCGAGGACGGGUUAGUUAUAUUAUAUAUACAUAUAUAUGUAUACAUACAUAUAUAUCUGUAUAUAUAUAUAUAUAUAUAUAUAUAUAUAUAGACGUAAAAAAUCAUCACAAAAUUUGCAAGGGAAUAUUUUAAAAAGUGUAUUAUUUCAAUGACUCACCUGUUCGAAGGACUUUAAACCUAAUUCUUUUCCCCACGUGUGCAUAUCGAACAAGAUCAAUCUCUUGACUUCUGGAUUUGCACAAAGAACGCUUAAUGUGCCAGGUAUACCAUUUUCCACGGCCCAACAUUUAAUUACAUCUACGUCUGGUACAACUAUGCCUACGAUGCACGAUUUUAAAGAUUCUCCAUGGACGAAUACUUGAUGUACGUAUUGACUACGUAAAUAGGCAUUUUCGAUUUUUUCAGGAACGAUGUAUUCCCCUUGGGACAAUUUAAAAAUAUGUUUCUUCCGAUCGAUUAUUUUCAACGUGCCAUUCUGAAAAAGGAAACAAAAAAAGAAAAACAAAAACAAAAAAAAAAGAAAGAUAAUAAUAAUCGGAUAUAAAGAUAGAUAUGAAGUAUUAUAUUUCGCGAUUUGGA